CGGCGCUGUCGCCGAUGUGGUCGCCGCGGGGCUGGACCGGAGGAAGAGUGGGGUCGGGAGGGAGAGUAGCGCGGCUCGGCGGCAGCCCCGCCGAAAAGGCAGAGCCGCUGCCUGCGAGCCCGGCUUCUGGGUAGGGAGGGACAGGGUGAAAGAAAAACUAAACUCCAACAACGCCCAACGGCUGCGACCAGUUUUGGUUUUUUGUUUUGUUUUGGUGGUUUCCCACUUAAUUAUUUUUGGAAAAAAACCCACAGAAAUCCUGUGUUUUUGGCAAUUUCUGCCACGGGGGGAAUUGUUUUUCGCACACCCCUGACAAACAAAGGAAAAGGGGGAGGGGGACUGCGUUUCGCAGAAGACAUGCGUUCAGUCAGGAAGAGGUGGACUGUGUGCACGAUAAGUCUCCUCCUCAUCUUUUAUAAGACGAAAGAAAUAGCUCGGACCGCGGAGCGUCAGGAGGCACCACUCACCGGAGAUGGUGAACUGAGUUUGAGUAGAUCACUGAUCAAUAGCUCUGAUAAGAUAAUUCAAAAGGGUGGCUCCUCAAUCUUCCAGCAUGCUGCAGAAGGUUGGAAAAUCAAUUCUUCUUUGGUAUUGGAAAUAAGAAAAAGUGUUCUUCGAUUUUUGGAUGCUGAAAGAGACAUCUCAGUGGUCAAAAGCAGCUUCAAGCCAGGAGAUGUAAUCCAUUAUGUACUGGACAGGCGUCGCACCCUCAAUAUUUCUCGGGAUUUACACAGCCUUCUCCCUGAAGUAUCCCCAAUGAAGAAUCGACGAUUUAAAAACUGUGCUGUUGUUGGGAAUUCUGGCAUCCUUCUGGAAAGUGGAUGUGGAAAAGAGAUAGAUAGCCAUGACUUCGUAAUAAGGUGCAAUCUAGCUCCUGUGGUGGAGUUUGCUGCCGAUGUGGGAACUAAAUCUGAUUUUAUUACCAUGAAUCCAUCAGUUAUACAAAGAGCAUUUGGAGACUUUCAAAAUGAGAGUGACAGAGAAAAAUUUGUGCGUAGACUAUCCAUGCUGAAUGACAGUGUCCUUUGGAUCCCUGCAUUCAUGACCAAAGGCGGAGAGAAGCAUGUGGAGUGGGUUAAUGCACUAAUCCUUAAGAAUAAAUUGAAAGUGCGAACUGCCUAUCCAUCACUGAGACUUAUUCAUGCUGUCAGAGGCUACUGGCUGACAAACAAGGUCCAUAUUAAACGACCCAGCACUGGCCUCCUUAUGUAUACACUUGCAACUAGAUUUUGUGAUGAAAUUCACCUGUAUGGAUUUUGGCCAUUCCCAAAGGAUUUACGUGGAAAACCAGUGAAGUAUCAUUAUUAUGAUGAUCUGAAGUAUCGAUACUUUUCUCAUGCCAGUCCGCACAGGAUGCCAUUAGAGUUUAAAACGUUGUAUGUAUUGCAUAACAGAGGAGCACUUAAAUUAACAACAGGGAAAUGCGUACAGCAAUAAAGAAUAUUAGAAGUACAAUAAGAAUUAUGGAAUACACACUUCGUCAUCAAGAUGUAGUGAACUGGCAAUGGGAUCCCAGUAAGGAUGUGUUUCAAUACCCAGUAACCAUUAGACAAAAAGGAAUUUUAUCAGAAGUACCUAAUCAGCUAUUAUACCUGUGAAGUGCAAUAUA